AUGAAAGAACAUGAAACUUAUAUGAUGAACAAAGUGCUUGAAAAUAUGCUUGGUAAGUCUGUGGAGCAAAGGUUUGAAGAGAUUGAAGUUGAGGAAGUUAGAGCGAAACGUCAAGCUGAAAUUGAUGCUGAAAUGAAGUUCAAAGGCAAAGGUGUUGAAGGUUCUGAUCUUGUUGAAAGGGCAAUAGUUCUAUCUACUGAUCCUGAGUCUCCUAUUCAGAAUCCACGUUCGAUUUCUACAGUGUCUGCUAUCUUUGAGGAAGAUGUAUUAAUGGAUGAUAUCAUUACUGCUGAAGAUGAUGUAUUCUCUGCAAGCAGUCACAGUGAUGACGAUGGUAAUGAUGAUGAUGAUGAUCAGGGUGGUACUGGUGUUAAAGUUUCUGAAGCGUCAAAUGAACAAACUGUUGAUGACUAUAUGCAUGAUGAUGCAAAUGAAGUGUCAGAUAAUGUUGAUGGAGAGGGGGAGAAUGUGGAUGAUCAGAAUGCCGAUGAAGUUGAGAAGUUGAUUCUUCGUAUUGAGCCUGAGGUAGAAGAAGGAGAAAUCAGGCAUACGUAUACUUUAGAUGAAGUUCUCAAGAUGUUUAAUGUUAAUGAAAAUGAGUUCAAAUUUGAUUUCGAAGAAGAGUUGAAUGCUUUUGAUAUCAAUCAACAAUCCGAGUAUCAGUACAAGUAUGUUGAUGAAGCUGAUAACUAUGAUAGGGUUGAGGUUGAAGAUUGUACUGUUGAAGAGAGUGUGAAUGAAGAUACUUCAGACUUUCCAACUCUGGUUGAGUUCUUCAGUCAAGAGAAUAGAGAUGAACUGAGGAGAAAAGUUGCUGAAAUUUUGAAAGAUAAGAACUUUGAUGGUACUACAAAAGAUCCACAGUGCGAAGAACGCAAGAAGUGGUUCAGGAAGAGUAAUGAAAGAAAGUUCAAACGUCAUUUGAAGUUUUACAAGAGGGAUAGAGAUGUUUCGCUUGGUGAUAUCAUCAGUUGGGGAUUCUUACCACAGGUGAACACUUAUGCAAUUAGAAGAGAAUAUGGCGUGCAAUAA